GCGACGGGGGCCGUUUUUAUUUGGUUGGAGCAGUCCGCAGCUGGCAACCGGGUGCAGUGCGUCGCUGAAAUCUAUUGUGUUCGGUUUUGUUGACUUUUGCAGAUUUUUUUGCCAAGAUGGCCGCCACAGACGUAAGGGGACAGGUGUUGUCAGGGACGCAGAUCGCAAAGGAAAUGCGUGAGCAAUUGGCCAUAGACGUAGAAAAGAUGAAGAAACUGCUUCCUGGUUUCCGUCCUGGUUUGGCCAUUGUCCAGGUAGGCGGCCGCGAAGAUUCCAACGUCUACAUCCGCAUGAAGAUCAAAGCCGCGAGCGAGAUCGGCAUUGAAGCCCAACACGUUCAAUUACCAAAUACCACAACCGAGACGGAACUCCUCAGCAAACUGAAGAAACUCAAUGAAGAUCCCAAUGUUCACGGAAUCAUUGUUCAAAUGCCCCUUGAUUCGGUCAACAAAAUCGAUUCCCAUUUGAUUACUGAUACUGUGUCCCCGGAUAAGGAUGUUGACGGUUUGAACACAAUCAAUGAAGGACGCGUUGCUGUUGGUGACAUGGGUGGUUUCCUGCCCUGCACCCCUAAUGGCUGCAUCGAGUUGGCGAAGCGUUCCGGAAUUCCGCUUUCCGGUGCCGAGGCAGUUGUUUUAGGUCGCAGUAAAAUCGUAGGCACGCCUGCUUCCGAGCUGUUGAAGUGGAACCAUGCUACUGUUACUGUCUGUCACAGCAGGACGAAGGAUAUUGCUGCCAAGUGUCGCAAAGCGGACAUUUUGGUAGUCGCCAUUGGUCAACCGGAGUUUGUCAAGGGUGAUUGGGUUAAACCAGGCGCAGUCGUCAUUGAUUGUGGCAUUAAUGCUAUUCCAGAUGCUACUAAAAAAUCCGGACAAAGGCUGGUUGGUGAUGUGGCUUAUGCCGAGGCAGCGAAAAAUGCUUCUUAUAUCACUCCAGUCCCGGGUGGUGUUGGUCCCAUGACAGUCGCCAUGUUAAUGAAGAAUACUGUACUAUCCGCUGAACGCGCUUGCAAAAAACUUGUGGAAAACAAGUGGAAUGUUCGUCUUUUAGAUUUGAAGCUACAAAGACCAGUUCCUAGUGAUAUUGCAAUCGCCAGAAGUCAAGAACCAAAGGACAUCAGUCAAUUGGCUGAGGAAAUUGGUAUCUACAAGAGCGAAUUGUCGCAGUAUGGCAAUAAGAAAGCUAAGGUUUCAUUAAGCAUCAUCGAUCGAUUGAAAAAUGUCAAACCGGGGAAGUACAUUGUUGUCGCAGGUAUCACUCCUACACCUCUCGGUGAAGGCAAAUCCACAACAUCUUUAGGUCUUACUCAAGCUCUCUGCGCGCACAAACAUAAAAACACAUUUGUCUGCCUCCGUCAACCCUCGCAAGGACCCACUUUUGGUAUCAAAGGUGGCGCUGCAGGCGGUGGCUAUUCCCAAGUCAUCCCUAUGGACGAUUUCAACCUUCAUCUCACCGGAGACAUCCACGCUGUCUCCGCUGCGAAUAAUUUACUCGCCGCACAAAUGGACGCACGUAUCUUCCAUGAAGCCACACAAACUGAUGAAGCUCUCUACAACCGCCUGGUACCCAAGAUAAAAGGUGUCCGUAAAUUCUCAAACAUUCAAAUUCGUCGUCUCGAGCGUCUGGGUAUCACUAAACGUGAUCCCGAUAGUCUAACACCUGAAGAAUUCGGGAAAUUCUCACGUUUAAACAUUGAUACUAAUCAAAUCGUCUGGAAACGUGUUAUUGACUUGAAUGACAGGUACCUGAGACAAGUCACGAUUGGUCAAAGCCCCACAGAGAAGGGAAUAUCCAGAGAAACAUCUUUUGCUAUUUCUGUAGCCUCAGAAAUCAUGGCAAUCUUAGCAUUGGCUAAAGAUAUCAGUGAUUUUAAAGAACGUUUGGCGAAUAUGGUUGUUGCUUUUGAUAAAGCAGGUAAACCUGUGUUAGCUGAUGAUUUGGGUGUCACUGGUGCGUUGAUGGUGUUGUUAAAGGACACUGUUGAACCCACUUUGAUGCAGACCUUGGAAGGUACUCCUGUUUUGGUCCACGCUGGACCUUUUGCUAAUAUCGCGCAUGGAUGUUUAAUCAACAAUUCGUUAGUAAGUAGCUAUCUCUUUUAG